UGAAAUAGGGCGGUUUGGUGGAUUUUUGUUGAUUCUUCAUUGUGCAAAAUUUGUAGUUUUACAAGGAAAUUUCUCCUCGAUUACGGUCUAAAAUGUCCCUCGUUGAUGAGAUUGCGCAGUUCAAACUAUGGGCUACCGGUCUGGGUUGUCCGUUGGCGAUUAUUCCAACUGAUGAAACGUUGAAAAAAUGCAUCCGGGGGAAGCAAAGCAUUCUCUUCCAGCACAUAAUGAAACAAAUAAAACCGCGCCAGGAAAUCGCAUCGAUGAGGAACAAUGUUCUGGUGGCCAAACUUCAACAGUAUCGAGCACUGGGAAGCGUCGUUGCGAAAUCUAAACUCAACCAAAUGCCCCCCGAAAUUCAACGGUAUGAAAAAGUUGAAAAACUUAAGGCAAAAUGUGCGGAAACCAAAGCUCGUAUCGCAAACUCCAAAUCGAUGCUGAAAAAUCUGUCUGGGAAAAUUAACGAAAAAAAUAUUCAAAAGGUCAAGCUUGAGCAGAAGUUGGAGAGCUCCAGCGAUAAAUUUGCAUACUAUAAGGCACUUAACAAUUCCCUCGCCAAACAAUCGGAAAAGGAAGUCGAAAUCAAGCAGAACAUCGAUCAACUCAUGCCAGUUGUGAUGACCGAUUGUGGGAAAACUAAAUCCGAAGCUGUAGUAGCAGUUCAAACUUGCCUGGACUUUUUAAAUGAAUUUUACUCCAAGUUCACAGAGCUCAAACAGGAAGGUAGUAAGCAAGCACAGCAAAAAUUAUGGUCCAACAUUAGAAAAACUCUGGCUGGAUUUCCGAACUAUUUGCUGUGGUGCGUGCUGAUGGAGAUGAAAGAGAAACAGCUGCAGGAAAUUUCCGAAGCCGAUCGAAAACAGGAUGAAAUGGAGAGGAAUGUUGCCCUUUCGGACCAAGAUAUGUUGCAGGUGAACAUGGCCAAACUUUGUGGUUCACACAUCAAUUUGUUCGUGGAUUUGAUUGCAACAAAACACAUGGUACAAAAUAUCAAAGAUGAUUAUUUGGCCAAGUAUACUCCCUUUUCUCAAAUGUUAGAAACUAAGAUGAAUUUGUUAAACGUAAUGGACGAGGAGGCAGAACAAAUAUUUGAAGAUUAUAUGUUACAAUCAACUUCAAAAGAUUAUAAUCAAGGUCAGCUGGAGUUCAUUAGCAAGGAAAUAGAAAAGAAAAAACAAGAAAUCAAAAUUCAGAACCAGAAAUUGGAAAAUCACGAACAGCUUCUCGCUCAACUAAGAGAUAUCUAUGGCGAGACCGAUUCGUAUUCAUCACGCAUGCAAGAGGAAAUUAUGCAACUGAAACAAAUCAAGGAGAAGAUAUCCUAUUUCAAAAGAUUCAGUAGAUACACCGUUCACAACAUGCGUCAAAAAAUGACUAAUCAAACUCUCAACCUUAGCGAACAAUCUAUGAAUCUCACGCGUAUGGAAAAUGUUCUCCUUACCAACGCUCCCGCAUACAAUCCCCCAACUCUUCCACCAUACAAAAGUGAACUAAAUCUUCUUUCGGAAGUACCGUUUUCAAAAUUCGCCAAAUCUUCAAAAAUUGCCCUAUUUUCUUUCCAAACUCACAUAUGCCUCUCGCAAGCUGCAGAAAGCAACUCGUUACUCAUCCUGUUGCCCAACUGUUUUACAUCGGCUGAGCUAUCCCUGCAAGAACUCAGAAACCUGAUCAAGUUCGAUGAACAUUUGAAAACAUUCAUGAUCGAUCAGAAACCGGAAUUAGAUGUCGUCAACCAAAACGAGCGCCACUAUCAACAGCUGUGGCAGGUUAAUCAUCAAAAGAUUUCCGAACUCCUCGACGAGAUCGAAGCCAUUUCCGGUAGCACCAAGCAGACCAUUGCAAAAAGUCGCAUCUACUACAACUUUGUGCUGGCUAAUGCUCUGCGCAAGUACGUGCCGCCAAAUAAACUUUUCAAUGGGCGCAACUAUCGGGAGUACGAAAAUGAGUAUCUGAUGUAUUAUAGAAUGAUAAAUGGGUCCUUGGGAGGGAAUUAGGUAAGGUUCAUAGUAAUAGUCAAAUUAAUAAACUU